ACAAUGAGGUCGUUUUUGCUUGUGAUUCUGCUGUCGUUUGAAACAAGUUUGGCACAACUUGUAUACAGAGACUAUAGCUCACAAAUCGGUGGAUUUUUUUAUGGACAAAUUGGACUGAUGGCUGUUCGAGGGCCAGGAGGUCCAUUCGAGAGUACUGGUCAACAAGGAGGAUGAAUUUCUGGAGUCGAUACCGGAGGUCCGCUUGGUAAUUCUGGGAGGUACGGACCAGUAAAUGGAGGACCAGUUGCUACCACUCAAGAAGAUGGACUAAUUUCUGGAGGAAGCAGUGGAGGACCCUUUGGCCAAACUGGUAGCACAGUUGCCCAUGAAGGACUAAUUUCUGGUGCCAACAGUGGAGGUCCUUUUAACAGCAACCAAGGGAGAUACGGAUUGAUCAUCUCCGAUAAUACUGGAGGUCCAUUUGCCAGUGAUCAUCAAGGAGGUUUAAUUUCCGGAUCAAAUUCUGGAGGUCCUUUUAACAACAACCAAGGGAGACAUGGAUUGAUUAGCUCCGGUAAUACUGGAGGUCCAUUUGCCAGUGAUCAUCAAGGAGGAUUAAUUUCCGGAGCAAAUUCUGUAGGCCCAUUUGGAAGUGGACCUUUGACAAAUAUUGAAGGCCAAUCUGGAGGACGAUAUGGUAGUGGAGGACUUAUUUCUGGUGCCAAUAGUGGAGGUCCUUUUAAUACGAAUCAAGGAAGCUAUGGUGGUGGUCAAACCAGUGACCGUGAUUCUGAUGAAGAACUGAUUUCUGGAGGAAAGAACGAAGGUCCCUUUGCGAGCACAGAACCACCGACCAACGAUCACAGUGAAGGCGGUCUAAUCGAAGGGGGUAAGACAGGUGGUCCUCUGGUCCAAAAUUAAUAAGGAUUAUUUUUUGGAGGCAUCAGUGGACAAGCUGAAGGUGGAAAACCAGCAGUAACUAAAAUCAAAUAGAAUUCAUAAGUCGCCCAAGUCAUUUAGUUUAAUAUGACGUCUUCCACUUGUCGUUUAUCAAUAAAAUUUCAAUAAUGCUUAAAUGCCACAAGCAUCAGCAGCUUAAGUAGUACAUUAAGUGCUCUCCACCUAGGACUUUUAAAAAAGUGUGUGUCAGUUUGCAGGGGCAUUUAAAGUACAUAUGUAUAAAAGUAUAUAUAUUAUUUUUUUCCCCCACUUGGCGCAUUAAGUUGUCGUCACAAGUCAUUUUAGCGCCUUCCAUGUGAAAAACGUGUGCGUGUAUAUAUGGGCGUUAAAUAAGGCAUGUCCGUGGGUGGUGGGGCGUGGCGAAUGGGUGGUGCAGCUGCAGGUGGGUGGUGGUGCUGGGGCAUGUGCAACUGCAACUGCCACAAUCUUGCCGCUAGCUGGCAGUUUGCGCCAUGCGAAAUGAGAAAAUGAGAGCAGAACUGCCCGCAAAUGUUGCUGACAGCGUCACUUAGUUCGCUACCUUCCAUGCCUUCAUUCCACACAUAAAUGCACACAAGUCCACCUGGAUAUAUGGCCGCCUAAUAUAUAUGUAUAUACACAUAUAUAUAUCUAUUUACAUGCAUAUACUCGUACACACCAGUAUGUGAUUGCAAAAAAGUGGAAUAGCUUUAUGAGCACCGCGCCGCAUAAAUGCUUAAUGCACUGCAAAUGAGUUGUGACAAAUGGCCUGACCAGGCAUAAAAUGAUAUAUUUACCAUUCCAUUUGCCAGCAUUUCAGCCAGCUCCAAAGUACCCCACCUAAAUGGCUACAUAAAACAAUUUUCUAAUUCCUCGAGAUCUGUUAGCACUCAACUUUCUCGGCUGAAAGCGGUCAGCGAGCCAGGUCAAGCGCGAGGCAGUCUAAGCCAACACAAAACAGUCGGCAAACAGGAGCGGAUCGAGGUUAUGGUUAACAUCCUUAAAAAUGCAGGACUGGUUACUGAAAUUUAGUAUGAAUAAUUAAAUAUUCUUUUUAUUUAGUCUUAAGGAAGUACUAUUGGUGCUGUAAAAGUAACUUGAUAGGAGGAGCACUAUAGAUUUACUUUUGGGCCAUUCCAAGUCGAUUAAAUUACACCUAUCUUCAAUUUAAAAAUAAAAACCUUUCAGCAAACGCAGAAUCGAAAACUUCCAAAUAACUACAAGCUCAACUGGAACUGAGAUGGCGAAAAGUUUUAUCUGCUUGCCGUUAGCCUCGAGGGAAAGUUAAAUGGUCCAAGUGCAACCUUUCAUGCAGUUGCCUAUCGACGUGAGGGAACCGAACCACCACCCAGUUUAGUUUCAUACCUGGCCGAGUCCUUGUAGCAUUUUUUGCGGUAUCCUCGCUUGCAUCGCUUCAAUGUAUAGGGACACUUUUUUGGGUGUCACUCCUUAAAUACGCUUGAUGAACGGGGGCAGGGGAAGUUUUCAGUAUGAUUUAUACGAUCCGGAUACUUACUUGCGUAUCUGUGACAAAGUGUUUCUUUGAUUUAUACCCUUAAUGGGUGGAAACAAAACUAUGCAAUGGAAAUACUUUGUAGCUGCAUACAAUUUUUAAAUCAAUACAUUACAAUACGAGAA